AUGUUACUAUCAGUUCUCUCCGAACUCUCUCAACUGUCUCCCUACAAGCCCUCUACCUCGUCUCGGCUCGUUCUUUUGGGUUUGGUCAACUGUCUUAUUCCUAUUAUAAAGCUAAGUCUUCUGAUUCUUUUAUGCGGUGGUGCCGCUGCUCUUAAUGUCAGGUAUUCCUGCCUAUCUGGAAGCAAGGCGCCAUAUAUCUCCCUGGACUACGGCACAUUUCGCGGAACCAGCAACUUUACAGGAGUCAACAGUUUUCUUGGUCUCCCAUUCGCCAAAGCAGGUCGCUACGAGAACCCGCGAGUGCCCGAUGCGCGGGACCACCAAAAAGGUAUCCGAGACGCCACCAAGUAUGAGAUUCUGUCAGGGGCUGCGGCUUUGCUCUCUCGUGGACCCGUGACUGAAGACGAAGACUGCUUGAGUAUCAACGUCCAGGUACCGGUAGGAUUGAAGUCGGCGGCCGGCUUACCCAUACUCCUUUGGAUUCAUGGCGGCAGUUUUGGCACGGGAGUAAGUGCAAUCGGAACGGAAACGACUCUACUACUCGGCCCGUUUGGAGGCUUGGCUUCUCAGGAAAUCACGGAUGCAGGUGUAGCCAACCUGAUGCUCAAAGACCAACGCGUGGCCAUGCAGUGGGUCCAGAAAUAUAUCCUCGAAUUUGGAGGCGACCCUACGAAGGUUACUCUAUUCGGCGAGAGUGCUGGGUCCGCAUCUAUUGCGAUUCACAUACUCGCCUGCCUAAGAACAGCCGACUAUAGUUUGCUCUACAAUACAUCCCAUCAAUUGCCGAGCUUGGUCUCGUACCGAGCUACUCAGGUACCCUGGUACCCACGCCCCGAUGGCUUAUUCCUUAAGGCCUCGCCUCACCGGUUACCCCGCUCGGGGAAUGUCGCGAGGGUUCCGUUCAUUAUUGGCGAUGUGAAGGACGAAGGAACCAUUUUCAGCAUUAUUGCCAGCCUCAACCUGACCACAGACGCAGAGUUUCGAUCAUAUUUCAAGACAUACUUUUUCGACAAUCUUUCUAAUAAACAAGUCAAGGAAUUCACCGACUUUCCUCAGUACAAGCAUCUCUCCGCCGCUAUUAGCGACUAUAUACGCCUGCCUCGGUUUGGUAACCUUUCUGGUCUCGAGCCGCUUGGCUCGUUCUAUACGUCCGAGGUUAACCUGAAUACCUUCGGUAAUAUCUCACCUUCCAUCUUAAAUAAUUUACUAAACAUGAUGUCGACCUUUAUCGCAUUUGUGAAUAGUCUCGAUCCAAAUUAUCAUGGUCUGGCUGAUAUCUCUAACUGGCUAACUUGGGAGCCGGAGAAGAAAUCGAUGCUACAGUAUGCGGAAAGCGGAUGUGAGAUUAUUAAGGAUGAUUUCAGGGAAAAGGAGAUUAAUUUCAUCAACAAUCAUGCUAAUGAUUUUACCAUGUAG